UGACCAGUCGUAAACAGUACACACCAGUGCUCCGGUGUCAUAACCAGGCAAUAACAUGAACAAAACGAGUAUUUAAACAGGGCCCUUUUUUUAAAAAAUCCCCUCAACAUGAAGCGCCUUUACUUCGUGGAGCCUGUGGUGGCCCUGUAUGCUUUCAGCUGUUUUCUCAUCUACCCGCUGGUGCAGCAGUACGUAUACAGGAGGCUUUGGGUGCAGCUGACCAACACCAGCUAUCCGGUCUCUGACAACACCUCCAGAUGUGCAGCAAGUAACAGCAGCAACCACACAAACCUGCACAAGGAGGUCCAGAAGCAGGCGUCUCUUUUCUCCCUUUACUCGGAGGUCCUGUCCACGAUCCCCUCCCUGAUCAUGACUCUCAUGCUGGUGGCCUACAGCGACCGGGCGGGACGCAAGGUCACCAUCAUCAUGCCUUUGAUCGGCACGCUCCUCUACACCGUGGCCUUCCUGGCCGUGUCCUUCUUUGAGCUGAACGUCUACCUGCUGAUCGGCUCCACGUUUCUCAGCUCCCUGUUCGGCGGCCUGGGCACGUUCCUCGGAGGCUGCUUCGCCUACGUGGCCGACCUGUGCGAGGAGGACCGCCAGAAGACSCUGCGCAUGGCCGGCCUGGACAUGAUGAUCGGCCUGUUGUCCGGCGCGGCGUCCAUAUCCACGGGCUACUUCCUGAGAGCCGCGGGCUUUAACUGGCCGUUCCUGACGUCCGCUYUGAUCCAGUGUCUGAUCCUGCUCUACGCCGUCUUCAUCUUAGGGGAAACCGUGAAGAGGGCUCCCACAGACGGGUCCCCCGGGCGCGCCGCACUGAAGCAAAUAAUCAUCAGGAUCUACAGGAUCUUUGCAGGGACAAGCUGCAGGUUCAAAGCCGUCCUCGCCCUGCUGAUGGCCAUCUUCACCAGCUUCUCCUUUGCGUAUAUCGGAGGCGUCAACAUGGUCACCUUAUAUGAGCUGAACGAGCCGCUUUGCUGGUCCGAGAUUCUGAUCGGGUACGGCUCAGCGCUGUCCACCGCGGUGUUUGUGGUCAGUUUCCUGGGCGUGUCCGCGCUCACGUAUUGCGGCGUUCCGCAGCUGGUCAUCGUCCUGCUGGGGAUCCUGUCGGUCGCAUCGGGCAUGAGCCUCAUGGCGUUCGCUAAGACCACCGUAGUGAUGUUUAUAGUGAGGAUACCCAUGCUUCUGAGUAUCAUGCCUUUCGCUGUUCUGCGCUCCAUGAUGUCCAAGAUCGUCUCCAAGUCUGAGCAGGGAGCACUGUUCGCUUAUGUUUCCUUUCUGGAGAAUUUCACGACCAACGUGUCAUCUGCAGUUUUCAGCAGUAUCUAUUUCGCCACAGUGGCCUGGUACCCCGGCUUUGUCUUCCUCCUGUCUGCAGUACUCUGUGCCAUCCCUUUAUCUGCUCUUCUGACUGUUGCUGUGAUUGGAGUGGAUGUUUCCAGUGAAACCAAAAGGCCAGAGCCGUUUAGCCCGGGGCAGGACAUUCUUGUUGAGGACGAGAAUGAAAGCAAUCCUCUUCUUAGCUAGGGGGCGAUGAACUCUAAAUACCAGCACCUUGUUCAUCGUUCUACUCUUCAGGAUCUGGUGGGUUUUGUUUUCAGCUUUUGAAACAAAAUCCUCCAUUUAUUUUCAAUAUGUUUUUAUUGAAUGUUGUUGUUUUGAGCUAAAUGAUUUUGAUACAAAAACAGAUCACUGUUGCACAAAAAUAAUGUAGUUUGUUUUUCUCAUAAUACUUUUUUUUUUUACCCAAAGACAGGAAUCUCAAGCUAAAAUGUUACAUAAAGGGAAGUUUGGUCUUUCUCAGGGGGGUUACAGUAUGUUUAUUAGGGAUUUAUAAUAGCUUUGGAACACUGCAGCACCUUUUUCUGAACAAUCGUGGCGAGUUGAACCAUUUCAAGAAUGUUUUGUGCAUUUUAAAUUUGAUCUUUUGCCUGUUUUUACUCACUUUGGUCACAACUUUCUUUCAUUCUACAAAUACGUAGAAUCCAAAAAUGAUAACAGGGCCAUGAAAGUACAAGUUUGUUUAGUUUGAGUUGGAAAAAGUGCGCMGAAAUGAUCCAAGGACAAUACUCGCUGGAAUGUUGCACUCCUAAUCUAACAGUCUUUUAUGGAAAAAAGGCUUGUUGGAUUAAUUACAGCUGAAAAGGGUUUGAAGUGUUUUAUGUAGCAUGAUAAUCAUUCAUUCAAAUAUAUUAGAAAAGUUGCAAAGUUACAUUUAUCUUUUUAUGUUUGAUUUUAUGCAAAGUGGUAAAGCAGCCAAGCAAAUUGAAAAACAAAACAAAACAUGGUUUUAAAGUGCCUGUGACAUCAAUAUUUUUGUAAUAAAUAUAAAUGC